AAGAAAUGCUGGCCAGGCUGCGCCUUUUCUGCCACCGCCCGGGGAUCCGCCUUGUCGCCCCCGCGCCGGUCCCUCGCUACGCCGCCAGUCUCGUCAAAUACUCCCCCUCCCUCUCGCCCCUGUCCUCCUCCUCCUCGCCCCUCCGUCGUGUCGUCUCCUCAACCCCCCCGUCGCCCAUCAUGAGUGCCACCGUCACCGUCACCGAGCCGCCCCGGAUCACGGCCGAAAAUGUCGCGACCCUCUUCCCCGACGUCGACACCUCGCUCGCCCGCGAGGUGCUCCCGACUGCGGCGACCAACCCCUCCGCGACCCAGGGGGCCGACGAGCUGGCCGGCUACGAUGAGGAGCAGGUCCGUCUGAUGGAGGAGGUGUGCAUUGUCCUUGACGACGACGACAAGCCCAUUGGCAGUGCUAGCAAGAAGACCUGCCACCUCAUGACCAACAUUGAUCGCGGCCUCCUCCACCGCGCCUUCUCCGUUUUCCUCUUCGACUCCAACAACCGUCUGCUGCUGCAACAACGCGCCUCCGAAAAGAUCACCUUCCCCGACAUGUGGACCAACACCUGCUGCUCCCACCCGCUGGGCAUCCCCGGCGAGACGGGCGCGCAGCUCGACGCCGCUGUGCUGGGCGUGAAGCGUGCUGCCCAGCGCAAGCUUGAGCAGGAGCUGGGCAUCAAGCCCGAGCAAGUCCCGAUUGAUAAGUUCGAGUUCUUUACCAGAAUACACUACAAGGCGCCGAGUGAUGGAAAGUGGGGCGAACAUGAGAUCGACUACAUCCUCUUCAUCCAAGCCGACGUCGACCUGGAUGUCAACCCCAACGAAGCCCGCGACACAUGUUACGUCUCCGCCACCGAGCUGAAGCAGAUGUUCGAGAAGCCCGGUCUGAAAUUCACCCCGUGGUUCAAGCUCAUCUGCAACUCCAUGCUGUUCGAGUGGUGGGGCCACCUGGGUUCCCCGUCGCUGGAGCCUUACAAGAACGAGCAGGAGAUCCGGCGGAUGUAAGGACCCGGGCAGACAACUGAGUGAACGAUUUAGUAGCAUGGCUGGCAUGGCAUAUCCAUUCGUAAUUUGUCCGUUGCAUUGCAUGCGCAAGGCAGUGGCAGCGAGUCGCGCCUAGACUCAUUCCUAUUAUUUAUUAUUAUCUAUAAUUUAUUCCCCUUGAGUUUUCGUUUUGAAUUCUUGAUGUCAUAUAUCAUGUAUGUCGUUAGGUAGUGGUAUACGAUCAACCUUCAACA